UAAACUAUGUCUACACCGUUACACCGUUUCUACUGCUAUAAUUGGCGCUAAAGAAAUUAUACGGUUUGUUGUUUCUAUUAAGUGGAAGAAAAUGAAACCCGUGGCCCCUGGUGAAGUGAUCUAUCGUGAAUCGCCCUACGUCCAUGUGGUGUCUGACAAAGAACUAAAGAACCAUUGUAGUUCUUGUUUCAAAAGUGCUUCCAGCCUGAAACACUGUUCUCGAUGUAAACUUCUGAGAUACUGCAAUUUCAGCUGUCAGAAAGCUGAUUGGUCAAUCCACAAGCAAGAAUGUCCAUUUUUCAUUGAUGUUGUACCUGAAGUCUUAUCUGAAAGUAUACGAAUGCUUCUGAGAAUAAUUAUCAGGUACCAGAAUGGUGAUCACACUAAAAUGAUUAGUACAGAUCCUUACUGGAAGCGUUCCUUCUCAGACCUGAUGUCACAUUUAGAGAGAAUGCAGCAAGACGAACUACGAUGUAAACAGUUUGCCCAUGUGCUGAGUAUUUUAUCAAAAGUUCUGGAAGGUACUGAAGUUCUGCCACCGGUUCCACAGUUGUGGGAGUUCUUUGGUAAGAUGGUCAUCAACAGUUACAGCAUUCAUGAUGAGCUUCAUGAAAAUGUCAUUGGAUCUGGAGUUUAUCUGGGGGCAUCGUAUUUGGAUCACCAAUGUUGUCCUAAUGCUACUGUAAGCUUUAGUGGCACAAAACUUGCCAUCAGGGCCCUGGAGCCCAUAACACAACCGUUACCUAAUCAGGUUUUCAUCAGUUACAUCCAGAACGAUGCCCCCAGCUGGGAAAGGAGAGAAGAAUUGCUACAGCGAUACUAUUUCAGAUGUAUCUGUUCCAUGUGUACCACAGAUGCAGAGCAAACGGAUAAACAAAUGACCAGUGUGAAGUGUUUUAUGGCUAACUGUGAUGGAUUUACUGGGAUUAAAGAAAUUAACAAUGAUGGCUACUGUCAGUUGUGGCCCUGUGUGAAGUGUAAAGUGACGGAAUUGCCUACUGAAUAUGUUGAUGAGGUUUGCCAGUUGUGGUUGGAAACCAGGAAAUUUGUGAAGGAUUUAAACAAGAUGUUUGAGAGUGGAGAAAUCCAAAAUGCCUUGGACUCUGCUGAAGAAAACUUGAAGAAAGUUGAAAAUAGUUUAUUCCAUGAAUCUAAUCUGAAUAUUGUCAGUACCGUGGCAAUUGCCAAAGAUGCUUGCAUUUCCCUGCAGUUAUGGGAGAAAGCAGCAGUUUACAGCGAGAAGCUCUUAAAACAAGUGCCACAAUACUCUUCCUGCAUCAACAUCAUGGACAGUCUGUCUCUACUGAAGUUAGCAAAGCUGUACAUAUAUCUCGACCGGCCGACAGAAGCUGUCCAGAUUUUGAACAAGUGUGAGAAAAUGGUUCGUGUCACACAUGGUGAAGACAGUGCGUUGCACCAACAAACGAGGACUUUGCAACAACAGUGCAACAUGCUGCUGUUGAUGCACUGCAAAUGAAACUCAACCUACCUCCCCUUUUUUUUUUAACAAAAGAUGGCACCAGUCCAAUUCUGUAGAUGCAAGUGACUUCUUGGACUCAGUCCCAGGACUUGAGCCAACCUCAAUAAGCUGUAUUUGAUUUGAAUCCAAAACAUAAAAGGAAUACAACUUUAA